GGUGACCUGGAGAAUAAAAGGAGGCAUUCUGGGCACUCACCUCUAAAGUGAGUUCCUUCUUCUCUGACACAUUAGACUGACUCGUCAGCAGCAGCUGCCUCCAACAUGAAGCUGGUGACGGUCCUCGUGCUGGUCGCCCUCCCCCUGUACUGCUAUGCAGGGUCUUCUGGCUGCUCCCUUCUUGACAAUGUGAUCGAUAAAGCAGUUGAUCCCACUGUGUCCAAGGAUGAAUACAGAGCAUAUCUUAAAGAUUUCCUACAGACUGAAAAUGAGGAAAAUGCUGCAGAUGAAUUAAAGCAAUGUUUUCUCCAGCAGUCAAAUGAAACUCUGGCCAAUUUCAAACAGAUGAAGUCAUGUACAACAGUAUAUACUGUAAAGCAUUCUAACUUUCUGCAAGAACUUUGGCUCAGAAAUGUCGACUGGCGAUGAGUAUAUACCACAAGCUGUCUGUCUUUUUUGUCUUUUAAUCUACACACUGCAAGACAAUUGUUGAAACCUCAAAUACAUUUUCAUUUCAAUAAAGUAUCUGCAUAUCAGAA